AUGAGCUCCAGCCACAGCUUCAGCCAGACCCCCCUGGGCUCCCUGCCAGGCACGGGAGGCGGCUGGGGCCGGACGGGGAGCUUCCCCCGGGCCCCCAGUGUGCAUGGCGGCGCAGGGGGUGUCCGCGUCUCCUUGUCCUUCACCAAGCCCAGCUGCCCGCCCCGUGGAGGGUCUUGGGGGUCCGGAAGAGGCUGCACCCUCCUUGGUGGAAAUGGGAAGGAGACCAUGCAGAACCUCAAUGACCGCCUGGCCGCCUACCUGGACAAGGUGCGCGCCCUCGAGGAGGCCAACGUUAAGCUCGAAAGUCACAUCCUGAAGUGGCAUCAGCAGAGAGAACCAGGAAAUAAGCAAGAUUACUCCCACUAUGAGGAAAAUAUCAGCCGCCUGCAGGAGCAGAUUGUGGAUGGUAAGCAGACCAAUGCCCACAUCGUCCUUCUCAUUGACAACGCCAGGAUGGCGGUGGACGACUUCAACCUCAAGUAUGAAAAUGAACACUCUUUCACAAAAGACCUGGAAGUGGAAGUUGAGGGCCUCCGAAGGACCCUGGACGGCAUGACCAUCAUCACAACAGACCUGGAGCAGGAGAUUGAAGGGAUGCGGAAAGAGCUCAUCCUCAUGAGGAAGCGCCAUGAGCAGGAAAUGGAGGAACAGCACACACCAAGUGACUUCAAGGUCAACGUGAAGCUGGAUGCAGCCCCAGGAGAGGACCUGAUCAAGGUCCUGGAGGACAUGAGGCAGGAGUAUGAGUUCAUAAUAAAGAAGAAGCAUCAAGACUUGGACGCUUGGUACAAAGAGCAGGCGGCAGCCAUGGCCCAGCAGGCAGCACCCCCCGCGGCCGUGCCCAGCAGCCAGAGUGACAUCCAUGAGCUGAAGCGAACGUUCCAGGCCCUGGAGAUUGACCUGCAGGCCCAGCACAGCAGGAAAUCCGCCCUAGAGGACAUGCUCUCAGAGACCCAGUCUCGCUACUCCUGCCAGCUGCGGGACAUGCAGGCCGUCAUCUCCCACUAUGAGGAGGAACUGAGGCAGCUUCGCCAUGACCUGGAGCGUCAGAACACCGAGUACAAGAUCCUGCUGGGCAUCAAAACCCACCUGGAGAAGGAAAUCGCCACCUACCGCCAGCUCCUGGAGGGCGAGGGCAGAGGGACAAAGGAAGAUAUGCGGUCAAGCAUGAAAGCAUCUGCAGCUCCAACGAUCAAGGCCAUAACACGGGAGAGCGUCAAUGGAAGAAUUGUUCUUUCUCAAGUGAAUGAGAUCCAAAAGUACGUGUGAAGCCGGACACAGUCUCUGCCUGUUGUAAGAACUAUUUUUUCCCCAAUGGAAAAUCCUUGCCCAGACACAAGUGGGUGAGACCUAAGAGGUAUCCUCAUAGUUAUCCAACUUGGAAGGUUUUAUUUUUCUCUCUGUAGCAACCUCCCCAGAGGUCCCCUAAUGAACUUACACACUGCUGCACUUUUCAAAUCAAAGCAUGAGUUUGUGAGCUUAAAGCUCCUCUUCCUGUGACAGUUCUCAGACUCCCAUCCUUCUGUAGCCAA